AUGGCAUUUAUAUGGAAUGAUAAAAAUAAUUUUAUUCUAUUACAUUAUGUUGAGCUUCAUCAUCAUCAUCAUCAUCAUCAUCAUCAACAUCAUCAACAACAACAACAACAACAACAAUCAACAAUAUCAGAUAUAAAUUGGUCAUCGAUUGUAAAUGAUAUUAAUCUUGAAAUUUGUUCAACUUCAACUUUAUUAAAGAAUCAAUACGAAUAUUUAUUAGAAAAAUUUUGUACACAACAAGACUCAAAAUUUCUUCAUUCGACAUUCAAACGUAACUAUUUACAUUCAUUGUGUCAAAAAAUAGAAGAUGAUCUACAAGUAACACUUGAAACUGUCUAUGAAUUAAUAAGACAUGCACGUACCAAACGAAUUCAUGCUGAGGAUAUUGAAAAUUUGCUUACAGAAUGGAAUUUUAAUUUUACAUCUGAUGACGAAAAAAGCAAUAAAGAUCGUCUGUUGCAUGUAUUAAAUCGUCUUCUUAAUUAUAUACACACUUUUUCAAACAAUGAUGAUCGAGCAAUACCCCAUUAUUUAUCGACAAAUUCAAAUAUGACCAAGCAAUCGAUUGUUAUUCAAGAAGGAAUACACGAUCAAGAUCUAGAAUUGAUAUCAGAUAAUGAUGAUGACAUUUCGAUGACACAUGCCUCUAAAACGAAACAAAAGCAAUUGUUAAAUAUUGAUAAUAAUCAGCCACUAUUAACUGCAAUUGAACCAGACAAAUUUUCUACAGCUCGUCGUCGAACAAAAUCAUUAACAGUAUUCGAUGCAAAUAAACAAUAUAAAGUAAAUAUUGGAGUAGAAUGGUUUGUACCAAAAUUAAAACGCCGACAGAGAUCUUCAUCUUUUCAUGGACAAUAUCAAUCAUCAGUAUCAAUCGAUUCUUUACUAUUACAAAAUCGAAAUGUUCAACGUAAUGAUAUACGUGUGACGACUACAGAAAAUGAUCAAUCUUCAGAUUUGAUAAAUAAUUCAAAUCUUCGACAAACACAUACACAACCAAGUAUUUCUUGGCUACCACGGACAAGCGCACAGAUUUCAGAAAAGGAGCGUCAACAAAAUGAAUCAAAACUAAUCGACAAUGAACAAUGUGAGCAGAUGUCUUCUUCAGAUUCUGAAUCAAUGAAAAUCCAACAGUCAUCAGACCAACAGGAACAACAUUCAUGUAAACGACAACGUCUUUCUUGA